AUGGCUGGUUCUCUCGAUUCAGUCGCCCAACAAAUUUUCCGUCUACUCGACGAUGUCACAGAUGGCCAGUUAAAGUCAAGCUUGAGCACCCCGUCGAAUUCGACAGAACCUGCCAUCCUUCCAAUUCCAACAUCUUUCAGCAUCACCUCGAUCUUGACCCUUUUACUAUCGUUCUCCGCUUUGAGGAACUACAUCAAGUUCGCCUUUCUUGGCACGAUCCUAGAGACUGCACGUCGAUGGGCAUUUUAUUACUGGUAUAAGAUUUCCAACGCUUUCUUCAUUAACGUUCAUCUGGAAGAUGAUGAUGAACCCUAUGACUGGAUGAUGGUAUGGCUUUCGCGACAACCAGAGUGGAGAUCAGCAAAACAUAUUGAAGUUACGACGGAUGACUGGGGUUUGGAUACGAACGCUUCACACAUUGAAGGAGAAGAAGACGACCCUACAGAUGCACUCCAUCGUACCUCCGGCCUGAAUUUUAUCCCAACCAUAUCAACACCAACCACUCUCUGGUACAAGGGGCGAUACUGGAUGUAUGUCUCCAGGCAAAUCCGCGAGGCGAAGGGCCCCUAUGACUCUGCUACUAAAAUCCUCGACCUUCGGAUUAUGGCUUGGGAUUCCCGCAAGGUUCUCAACGACUUGCUACGCGAAGCAAAGAAGUUGUAUAAAGAGUCUCAGGAGAACAAUGUCUGCAUUUACACCGCUGAUCUAUCCAACUACUGGAAGCUACUGGCCUGCCGACCGAAACGACCUUUGGACUCCAUCGUCCUCGAUCCCGGGGUUAAGACUCUUAUCCUUGACGACGCUCUCGAUUUCAUGCUGAGCAAAAACUGGUACAUCAAACGAGGUAUUCCCUUCCGGCGUGGAUACCUUUUGCAUGGACCUCCGGGAACGGGCAAGACCAGCAUUAUCCACGCUUUGGCCGGUGAACUGGGUUUGAAUGUCUACAUCAUCUCCCUCUCGCGCUGCGGAAUGGACGACAACACGCUGGGUGACAUCAUUUCUCGACUUCCAGAACGAUGCAUCGCUCUAAUGGAAGACAUCGACGCCGCUUUCAGCCGGACUCUGAAUCGAGAUGGGGGCUCCGAUUCCGGCUCUGACGAUGGCGAGAAAUCUACCCCUACCUCAAGAGUCAGCCUUAGCGGGCUCCUCAACGCGCUGGACGGUGUCGGCGCACAGGAGGGCCGAAUCCUCUUUGCCACGACAAAUAAGUAUGGAACCCUCGACCCGGCUUUGACGCGACCUGGAAGGAUGGAUGUGCAUGUGGAAUUCAAGCUUGCAAGCCGCUUGCAGGCGAAGGAGUUGUACAAACGCUUUUAUCUUCCUGAUGAGGAAGCUACGAGAAUCUCGGAGGAGGGGCUGAUAAAGGGGUCAGAAGCUGAUUCGCCAGAAGUAGACGGAAAGACAUUGCCAAUUGGCGGGGAUGAGAAGACCGGAGCGUCGGAAGAGCCACUGCCCAUCGCACCUCACAAGCGCCGUGCUCCCAAGCUCUCUCUGGAGCAAGUCGAGGGUCUGUCCACUGAAUUUGCCAGCUUCAUUCCGGAACGUGAACUCUCCAUGGCAUCGAUACAGGGGUAUCUCAUGAUCUACAAGACGCGUCCUUUUGAAGCCGUGAAGGAUGCUCCAGAGUGGGUUGUGAAGGAGAGGAAAGCUGCUGCUUUGCGGGAGGAGUCGGAGAAGAGGAGGAAAGACAAUGAGCCAGAGGCGAAGGAUUCAACGGAGAAAGGUCCUGACGGUACCAACGAUGGUGUCUCUGGUUCUGGGACUGCACGUUCCGACAUCCAAUUGCAACAGGUUAUGGAGGAAGAUGGACCCUCUUUCGACGACCUGAUCUCCCAAACCCCAUUCUCCACAAUUAUAGUCGAACUCUUCGAAACCAAAAACCACGUCCCUCUUACUCUCUUCACGCCUCUCGGGUGUAUCCCUCGGUACCUCAAGUUGUUACGAGAACGGGGAUCUCAGGCUCCUGCUGCCAUCCGAAGGUGA